AUGUCCAACUUCUCCGAAAUUGACGCUUGGACCGAAAUCAACGCUUGGACUCCCUUCUUGGCAGCGAAAUACCUUUCUGCUGCCGCAGUCACUGUCUCUCUAUAUGACCAUGUCUUGACAUUGCACGAUGAGAUUGACCUUGUAUGGCGUCAACCGUGGAACACUCUGCAGACCGUCGUCAUGCUCAAUCGAUAUGGUGGCGAAUUGAGUAUAUGCUUUAUUGCAUACGUCGCACUUCUGUUGCGUGCGUACAGCAUCUGGGACAGCAGGUCUUCAGUCAAGUAUGCCUUCCAGGGUGGCUUCGUCCUUUGCAUCGUGACCUCAUUCGCUUGUGCGGUGGCUGCUACUCAGGAAGCCUAUUACCAGAUCGGCUAUUCGUCCGUUCUUAAAACCUGUGCGUUGGUCAGCCUGACCCCGGAAGGUCAUUUCGUGGAGCUGAUAAUGGGCUCAUGGGGUGCACUAGUGCUCCUCGAUGUAUAUGUUUUCGUGCUGAUAGCCUUGAAUGCAAUGAGUAAGCCUCGGCGACGUGAUUCUGAGAUUCUGUCGAAUCUCUAUCGAGACGGUGUUCUCACAUUCUUCGCUUUUUUCGCACUUCGUCUCCUUCAAUUUCUUCCUAGCACGAUCGGGAAGCUAACACUGAUAUUUCUCACACCGAUCAUUGCAUGGUCGCUGGAUAACGUGCUCAGUUUCCGACUCCUGUUGAAGUUGAAGAUGAAGGCCGUCGAAAUCAAAGGUCGGCGUGGAUGGAGAGCGGUAACCAACUAUCCAUCUGUAUACAUCAUGGAAGAAGUGGAAAUGGAAGAAUUGUAG